UUUUCUGCGUGAAACACUCGAAGAGGGGCAUGGUGAACGUCAUCAGCAGGAGGUGUGUAAACAGCGAAUGCGACAAGCUGGCAUCCUUCGGCUGCACGGGCACCAAGAAGGCGGAAUACUGUACCGUGCACGCGAAGGAGGGAAUGAGUAACGUUCUCGACAGGGUGUGCAGCCAUCUGGGAUGCAACAAACAGCCGAACUUUGGCGUGGACGGCUCAAAGAGGGCAGAGUUCUGUCAGGAGCAUGCGAAGGAGGGGAUGAUUAACGUUCGCAGCCGGAAAUGCAGCCAUCCACUUUGCACAACCCGCGCAUCUUUCGGCCCCCAAGGAACAAAAACACCAGCAUUCUGCAGCCGGCACGCAAUAGACGGAAUGAUCAACGUCCGAUGCCGAAGCUGCGCCCAUCCCACCUGCUUCAAGAGGCCGUACUACUGCGCGGAAGGGUCAACCCGGCCGGAAUUAUGUAGCAAGCACGCUAGAUCCGGAAUGAUGAACAUAAACGCUGUCUAUGCCAAGACCCAAGGCAAGCGUGCUAGGAACGCCCCUGACAGGAUAACCUCAAGGACCAAAAAGCGCCCGCGCCAACCCGGUGACGUCCCGUCGGUGCAAGCGCCAGUCAAGCAGGAGCCUGGCCAAGGGAUGCCCCUCGAAAGUCAGCUCAAUCCUUAGGGAAAGCAGCAGCCGGAGGAGAAGAAAGGGUUGGGAUGAGGGGGGUCAUGUUGCGCCUUAGGUGACCCUCGGUUCGGGUGCUGGGCUAGCAUAGACAAGACGACCAACCUUGUUGAUUUGUCGAUACGAUAUCUGGUGCUGCUGUGAUUUUCCGUUGCUUCGGCACGAAGCGUGUGACCUACGGCGGUAUCGACAUUUGCUUGCUUGCAAUGAAAUAGCCAAACAAGUCGUUUUUUGUUUUUUUUACAAUAGCCAAGGAUAUGCGUUGCUAGUACUGGCUGUUUGUGAAGGCAGUAGUUUGUGCUCACGGUUCUCUUUUCCGGGCGGAACCGCACACUACAUUACGUACGCUCAACCGGAUUAGUUUUUAGAGACGCAUGUACAGCUAGGUAGGGUGGUCUCUGCCGUCGUACAGACGUCUUCUGGUGAACCAAUAAAAAUGAGGGGCAUUCCAAGCGGCUGUAGUGGAUACCUCGGCCCCCUCCGCCCCCUCCGGCUGCACACAUGUAGGACAGGCAUGGUAUCAACAGACACCACCAGUCAACAGGUCUGUCGGUCGGUCAUUGACCUGAGUAUCAGGGUCUGGCGUCUUGCCGUCUGUGGUGUUUUGCUCUACGGGUUCGUGGUUCGUUCGUGAGUGGUGCCUCACGUAGGUUUAUUUUGCACGCUACCCAAGUUUGUUCUGUGUAAAGCAGCAGGAGUAGUGGUGUUGGGAAUGGAAACUAUUUUUUGGGCUGACGAGCCUCUGGUGCUUCGCAAUCGGUAGUGUAGGGCCUAACUAACUGAUCAUUGGACAACGAAAGCGACUCCAUUCCCGAGGCGUCUUCCUCGCCUUGCCAGAGUCUUGUGGGAUAAAUGUGGUAGCAGCGUGGAAGUGCAAGAGUUUUCGCGAGUAAGUGUCGUCACAUACAUGUACAUUGGGUUGCUUCGGCAACGAUGCUGAAUUUGUGCGUACGGGCGA